GUCCCCGAAACACUCUUGUCAGGCCCAAGGCAAACGUUCCUUGACCGUCGCUCUCUCUCUCUCGUCAGCCUCCUCUCUCUCUUCCAUCGGUACAAGAUGAUGUGGAACUUCAGCCAUGCUGCGCGCACUCCUAGUAUCCCGAUGCCGAUGCCUUCACCAGGAUCUGAAUUGAGUGUACCACACCACCCACAGCACCACCGAUCUUCCAGUGCGGGCGCGCCGACGGGCUGGCCGGGCAAUGUGUCUGGUGGAUCGAGAGCGACUAGUCCGCGGCCGAUGGCGAUGCCGGCGCCUGCCUCAUUCAUAAACUCUCCGCCAGUAGAGUACGCGUACGAGCCCAGCCCGCGCGCCUUGCUUACCGUCCCGGUGCACGAGCACUACCACCACCGAAGCUCCCAUCGGCGUCAUUCGCAUUCACACUCACAUUCUCGCUCGCACUCGCACUCGCAUAGCCCGAAGCGGCAUAGUCACCAUAGCCAGAGUCAUAGCCGUCCGCAUACGCCAGCACCUCCGCCCUCCCAGAUCAUCAUUGCCGCACCACUGCCGCAACACCAAGUCCUUCGCAAGCCACACAAGCAGCAGCAGCAGCAGCAGCCGGUCUACCAUGUCGUGUCGAAACCACAUACUCACGCGCCCGUGCCCGUGCCCUCCGUCCCGCUCAUGCCGCCCAUCCACCCGAACUUCAUGUACUCGCGGUGCACCGGCCGACGCAAAGCCCUGUGUAUCGGAGUCAACUACUUUGGGAAGCCGCACGAGCUGCGGGGGUGCAUCAACGAUGCGAAGAACGUGUUCCAUUUCCUCGUCCGACAUGCGUCGUAUCGCCCCGAGGACAUCGUGGUGCUCACUGACGAUGCGCGCCACCAUCGCUCGCUGCCGACGCGCAGGAACAUGAUCGAUGCGAUGCAUUGGCUCAUCAAGGACGCGAAACCACACGAUGCCCUGUUCUUUCACUAUUCUGGACACGGCGGCCAGACAAAGGAUCUAGAUGGAGAUGAGGUGGAUGGAUAUGACGAAGUCAUCUUUCCCAUGGACUUCCAGCAGGCAGGACAGAUUGUAGACGACGAAAUGCACGAUAUCAUGGUCAGAGGAUUGCCUGCCGGGUGUCGACUAACGGCUGUAUUUGACUCAUGUCACUCGGGAACUGUUCUCGAUCUACCAUAUAUCUACGACUCUCACGGUCGACUGAAGGGUAAUCACGUGAGCCAACGUGCACUUGCUCGUAAAGCGGCGCCGGCGGAUGUGAUCUCGUUCUCGGGAUGCGAGGACGGACAGACGAGUGCCGACACGUUCAUGAACGGUCAGGCCGUCGGAGCUGCUAGUCAUGCCUUCAUUGAGGCUGUGCGGUCGAAUCCACAACAAAGCUACCAGCAGCUGUUGCAGAAUGUUCGCGUGCUAUUGAAGCCGAACUUUACUCAGAAACCCCAAUUGGGCAGUUCACAUCCGAUUGACACAUCGCUGAAAUUUAUCAUGUAGUAUAUGUUUGCUAUCUGCUUUCGAUUGUCUUCAUGUCCUAUCGUAGUACACUACUCUGCUAUAAUUGUAAUCGCUCGCUGCUCAUCAAUUCAUCACGGCGGUUUCAAGAUGUUCCUCGCUCGGUUCCGUGGAGGAUUGGCAUUCUCAUGAUUGUAUUGGAUUACUUAGAGCCUCAGGUCUACCUAAUAUAGGGUAGUCUCGACUGAUUUUCUCUGCUUU